GGAUAAAUAAACAUUUAAAAACACACACGCAGAGCAGAGGGAAAAGAGGUGGGAGGGAGAUGCACAGCCCGGUUCUACAGUACAGAUAGACGGUACCUAUUCCCACGCUAACUUCGUUGAGUCCUUUUUCUUUUGUUUUGCAUUCUAAAGAAAACAAGAAAGAAAAAGAAAACAGAGAGAGAGAGAGAGAGAGCAGCAAACAACGAGGGCCAAUUUUGUUUAUUUUCCAUGGUACGAUUCUAUACAACAAACAAAGAAACACGCACUGACUUGUUUUUUGUUUUUCUCUACCAUUCUUUAGUGGAUUUUUGUGCUUUUCUCUUGACCUGAGAUUUUAGUCUUUGUGGACUUCUUAUUGAGCUUCUGAUUUCCCUCUUCUUAGGAAAUUUAGAUUGAAAAAUUCAAUUUUAAUCUCUUUUCUUCAAUCUGGAGGUGAUUUGUGUUUGUUGGGUAUUGACUAUUUUUGCUGAAUAUUGUGGAGAGACAGAUCUUUUAGCCAAUGUGAUUGACAUCAGUUUCUUGUAGAGAAUCAUAUUGGUGGUAAUGUGAUGUUUGCUACCUGAUAUUCUUCUCUUUUUUUGGCCGGAUUAUUUGUUAGUAUUGCAAUGGCUGAUAAGCACUCCUCAUCGUCUCUUGGGAUUAUUUCUAGGAAAUCUAUGCUUUGCUUGUUUCUGUUUGCGUCCGCCUUGUUUAUGCUGUCUUGGUUUUUUCUGUUGCGUUCCACGAGCAGUGCUGGGUUUCAUGACCUCAGUUUGUUACCUCAUCCCACACUUAAUCCUCUGAUUGUUAAUGGCAAUUCUGCAUCCUGGAAUCGGAAGGAUGUUGAACCCUCGAUUGGAAAUCGAGCGAUUCUUGUAGACAAUGAAGGAGAAGAAGAAAAACCUCAAAAGAAAGAUGAUUUAGGGGAUGUGAAAUGCAGCGGUUUUGAUAAUAAUUACAAACAAGUUCUUAAGAUUUUCAUGUAUGAUUUGCCUUCUGAAUUUCAUUUUGGGCUCUUAGAUUGGAAACCUCAGGGGGAUAGUGUUUGGCCUGAUCUUAGAGCUAAAGUGCCUGAAUACCCUGGUGGGCUCAACUUGCAACAUAGUAUUGAAUAUUGGCUUACAUUGGAUCUUCUUGCUUCAGAGGUCCCUGGCAUUCCUAGAGCUGGUAGUGCAGUAAGAGUUCGAAAUUCUAGUGAAGCCGAUGUUAUAUUUGUUCCGUUCUUUUCUUCUUUAUGCUAUAACCGAUAUUCCAAGGUGAAUCCACACCAAAAGAAGAGCAAGGACAAAUUGUUGCAAGAAAAGUUGGUCAAGUUUUUGACUUCGCAAAAGGAAUGGAAGAGGUCUGGGGGACGAGAUCAUGUCCUUUUGGCUCACCAUCCAAAUAGUAUGUUAGACGCAAGGGUGAAGCUAUGGCCUGCAAUCUUCAUACUCGCAGACUUUGGGAGGUAUCCUCCAAAUAUAGCAAACGUUGGCAAAGAUGUGAUUGCACCAUACAAACAUGUAAUUAGAAGCUACGUCAACGACUCAUCAAACUUUGAUAGCCGCCCAACUUUGCUGUAUUUUCAAGGAGCCAUAUACCGGAAAGAUGGUGGCUUCGCUCGGCAAGAAUUAUUUUAUCUUCUUAAAGAUGAAAAAGAAGUACAUUUUCAGUUUGGGAGUGUACAAAAAGAUGGAGUUGGCAAAGCUUCUCAAGGAAUGCACUCCUCCAAAUUCUGCCUUAACAUAGCAGGUGACACGCCCUCAUCAAAUCGUCUCUUUGAUGCCAUUGCUAGCCACUGUGUUCCGGUCAUCAUCAGUGAUGACAUUGAGCUCCCUUACGAGAAUGUUCUUGACUACUCUCAAUUCUGCAUAUUUGUUCGCACAUCAGAUGCUGUCAGAGAAAAGUUCCUCGUAAAUCUCAUCAGGAGUAUUAAGAAGGAUGAAUGGACUAGAAUGUGGAACAGGUUGAAAGAAGUAGAAAAUUUCUUUGAGUUCCAAUAUCCAUCAAGGGAAGGUGAUGCGGUUCAAAUGAUAUGGCAGGCUGUAGCGAGAAAAGUUCCUGCAAUUAGGUUGAAGGUAAAUAAAUUAAGGAGAUUUUCACGUUUCGGCACCCAGAAAGAUGAAGAGUUGAGAAAAAUACCAUCACCUAGUAAUUUUUGGUGAAAGCAUUCGUUGUUGCCCUUGGUGACCUUUGAGCCUAUCAUAUAUGGUCCAACUGAGGUUCUGCUGCUUUAAAAGGUGAGAAAUUCAUUGAAUUCUCACAGCAGAUUUUGACAACUCUUUUGUAAAAAUAAA